AUGUCCUGGAUGCUCUUCGCGCUGGCCGCCCACCACCUCGCUGCCCCUCUCCUUGAGCGCCUCGGCCAGCUCCGCGAACGCCCAGAUGUACGAUCCAGCCGCUCCAGCGGCGUCGCUGGCAUGACGCUCCACGGUGCGCGGAGCGGGACGUGGCAGGAUACCUCGAUUAGCUUCGCGUCGAUCAUGAGCAGUGCCUCGAAUACAUUGUCGAGUGACCAGAGCGGCUGCCACGCCCGACCCACGGUGGCCCACUCGUUGAAGAAGUACUUGGUGCCGCUGAUGCCCUCGAGCAGCAUGAGGGCCCGAGUGAACUGCCUGGCAAACGGACUGGCCGAGAUCGUGAGCCUCCCGUCUUCGUCGAUUUGCGAGGACGUCCUGAACUUGAUAUUCUCGGUGGUCCUCAGCUCCGUGACCAGCUCGCGCUUGGUGACGUUCUGCUCGCCCGGCGCGCCGCCGCGCGCGCGCGCGCCGAGCGCCGCGUGGGCGGCCACGCUCCGCGUGCGCUCGGCCGGGGUCGCUCGCAGCCCCGCGGGGGGCUCCGGCAUGCCCGGGGUCCUGGCGUCGCAGGCCAUGGCCCCGAACGAGGCGGUGUUCAUCGUGGGCACGUGGCAGUGCAGCAGCUACGAGGGCUACGGCGAGUCGUUCCGCUUCGCUGGGGCGCGGGACGCGCCUGGGGUCACCACCGAUUCCUUGUGCAGGCGCGGGCCGCACAUCGUCGCGCUGGACGCCCUGGAGUUCCCAGGUCUGCAGAUCGUGGGGGGAUCCCUGCCAUUGCUGGACGAGACAGCUUUCAUACAGCUUGAGGUGAACCCGAACGGGGACGAGUGCCUGCGGACGGGUGGCUUGCGCAGGAUUCGUCCUCUUGACGUGCUUGCGAACCAGAAGGAGUGCGAGAGCAGCCUGGAGACCAACGGCUCCGCCCUGGAAUGCAACUCGGCCUACAUCCCCCUGCUCAAAGAUGCUGCGUUGAAGUGCGUCUGGGACAUUCCACGCGGGUCGUGUAUGUCGGUGAGGAGAAGGCCUUGCUCCCACAACGCGGAUCUGGACUACUCCUUCUCCGAGAAUUGGGACCAGCAGGCGGACCGCCUCUGGCUGGGGCCCGACUGGUUCGCCAACAACGCCCAGGAUUGGCGCAUCAGGGGCGGGCGCGUGGAGUGCAUCAACAGCAACCCCGCGGUGGCCGGCCGCACUGCGCACCUGCUGACGCAGACGGUCCCGGAGUCGCAGUGGCACUUCUCCAUCCGGGGCUCACGGUCGGCAUGGUGGAGCCCGGGCCCCUGGUGCCCCGAGCCUUCGCGGGGGCGCUGA